GGAUUCCUGGAGAAGCUGCAGUGUGGGGAUGCUCUAGACCGAGUCCUGCCCCCAGUGUCUCUCCACCUCCUUCUGCAGCGGCGGCAGCGCCCGCACUCCGCGACGGCAACUUGAGGCUGCACCCGGGGCAGCCCCAGGGCGGUGCUCCGCGGAGGGGCUCCGCGCCCCGAAGGGGUGUGUGCAGGGUGGGGGCGGCCAGCUGGGACCAGCUGGUGGCCCUGGAAAACCGCCCACACACCCACGCCCACACACCCCUUUUGUGUUGCAGGCUGCCCCUCCGAGAGCAGCGGCAGCGAGAGGACGCGUGUGCCUCGCACCGUCCGCGCGCGGAGAGCGGCGGGGACGGCGACCGUCUCCACCUCCUGGUCCUCCUUCCAGAAAAAAGAAUCUGAAAGAAAGAAAACAAAGAACAAAAUACCCCAGAAUACCUAACAGAACAUUGCACCUGAACCUAAAAUGGUGAGCGAGAGUCACCACGAGGCCCUGGCAGCCCCGCCAGCCACCACUGUUGCAACAGUUCUGCCAAGUAAUGCCACAGAACCUGCCGGUCCUGGGGAAGGAAAGGAAGACGCCUUUUCUAAGCUGAAGAAGUUUAUGAAUGAGUUGCAUAAAAUUCCAUUGCCACCGUGGGCCUUAAUUGCCAUAGCCAUAGUCACGGUCCUCUUAGUCCUGACCUGCUGCUUUUGUAUCUGCAAGAAAUGUUUGUUCAAAAAGAAAAACAAGAAGAAGGGAAAGGAAAAGGGAGGGAAGAAUGCUAUUAACAUGAAAGAUGUGAAAGACUUAGGGAAGACCAUGAAAGAUCAGGCCCUGAAGGAUGAUGAUGCUGAAACCGGACUGACUGAUGGGGAAGAAAAAGAAGAACCCAAAGAAGAGGAGAAACUGGGAAAACUCCAAUAUUCACUGGAUUAUGAUUUCCAGAAUAACCAGCUGCUGGUGGGGAUCAUCCAGGCUGCAGAGCUGCCCGCCCUGGAUAUGGGGGGCACAUCCGAUCCCUACGUGAAAGUGUUUCUGCUGCCUGACAAAAAGAAGAAAUUUGAGACGAAAGUCCACCGCAAGACCCUUAAUCCUGUCUUCAAUGAGCAAUUUACGUUCAAGGUGCCAUAUUCGGAAUUGGGCGGCAAGACACUUGUGAUGGCGGUGUAUGAUUUUGACCGUUUCUCCAAGCAUGACAUCAUUGGGGAAUUUAAAGUCCCCAUGAACACAGUGGAUUUCGGUCACGUAACGGAGGAGUGGCGUGAUCUGCAGAGUGCCGAGAAGGAAGAGCAAGAGAAACUGGGGGACAUCUGCUUCUCACUUCGCUACGUACCUACUGCUGGCAAACUGACCGUCGUCAUCCUGGAGGCAAAGAACCUCAAGAAAAUGGAUGUGGGCGGCUUAUCUGAUCCUUAUGUGAAGAUCCAUCUGAUGCAGAAUGGCAAGAGGCUAAAGAAGAAAAAGACAACAAUUAAAAAGAACACACUUAACCCCUACUACAACGAGUCAUUCAGCUUUGAAGUACCCUUCGAGCAAAUCCAGAAAGUGCAAGUGGUGGUGACUGUUUUGGACUAUGACAAGAUUGGCAAGAACGAUGCCAUUGGCAAAGUCUUUGUGGGCUACAACAGCACUGGGGCGGAGCUGCGGCACUGGUCGGACAUGCUGGCCAACCCCCGGCGACCCAUUGCCCAGUGGCACACCCUGCAGGUGGAGGAGGAAGUGGACGCCAUGCUGGCAGUCAAGAAGUAAAGGAAAGAAGCCUUUCUGCACUUGCCCACCUAGUGCUCUUUAGCCAGUGUCUGUAAAUACCUCAGUAAUAUGGGUCCUUUCAUUUUGCCAGCCAUGCAUUCCUAACACAAUUCAGUGGUACUUCAAAUCCUGUUUUAAUUUGCACAAAUUUAAAUGUAGAGAGCCUCUAAGCCCUUCAUCAUGCCACUGCCCUCCAGAUCUACUCUUCUUUUAAGCAAUAUGAUGUGUAGAUAGAGCAUGACUGAAAUUAUUUAUUGUAUCACACCAUUGUACAUACCAAUAUGCUAAAGAUUUAUUUCUAGUCUGUGUAUUUCUAUGUUGUGUUUCCAAAUCUGUGUAUAUCUAGAUGUUUUUAAUAAGAUGUUCUAUUUUAAAUUAUGUAAAUUGACUGAGAUAUAGGAGAGCUGAUAAUAUAUUAUAUGGUAAAUAUAGUAUCGUCUGCAUUCCAGCAAAACUAUCAACUCGUAAGGCACUAGUACAGUGAAACUGACAUCUUAAAGGACAACUUAAAUCUGAACUUUCUAUUGAAUCAUUUGAGUACCAAGAUAUGCUUCCACCACAUAUUUGGUGGGUGAAUCCAAUUUUGUAGAAUUUCUUUACAGGCAAAUUAGCAUGAUCUAAGCAGCAUCCAGGCUGACCUCCAGGAAGAAUAGUCACAAGCCAGAAUAGCUGUACAUUUCAAGGGAGCCACUGAACAGGAGUCAAUGAUUUCCUAUUACUGCAUACAGAACAGCAACAUGAUGGUGUUCCGUGUGUGUGUAUGUGUGUGUGUGUGUGUAUUUGCAUUUGUUUGGGGAUGGGGUGGGUGGGAAGAAGUUGAGGGGAGAAGUCAGCUUUUCUGAAAUAUUGCCUGACUAUUUAAAAAUAAAAAAGUAGCUCUCCGUUAUCACCUUUAUACAAAAUGUGCAUCCUGUGAAUUCUGUUCCAGAAUUAUGGUAAUUCCAAAAGGUUUGCACAGUAGACUUUGUAACAAAAUAUUUUAUUAUACAAAACCAGAUUAGAAGGAAUGCAGAAUAUUUUUAACACAGUAAUCUGUGCUUAUUACACAAAAUUACUUUGUGGUGGACAGACAGUAUUGUAAUCCCAUCAAAAGAUGAAAAAAUAAACAAUUAGCCAUAGUUCUGAGUGCACUUCAAUUAAGCCAAAACAGACAGCUAGUGAUCUUUUUAUAUGCUCUUUUUACUUAAAUAAGUUUUAAUUUGUCCUUUAAAAAAAAAAGGUGAAACAAAACCAAGAACAAGUUCUAGAAAACUGAAGCAACCUCUUAUGUAUACUAGAUGCUUGAUUUAGGAGAAAUUUUUCAAUGUUUUCAAUGUUAUUAUGUAGCAAAUGGCACUAUUAUGAAGCUACUAGUCAUUCCAUAAGAGUCUUAAAGGACUGCUCUGUGUGACACUGUGACGCCGUGUGUGCUUAGACACCUAGUUUCCUCAGUGGAUAGCACUCGAUUUAUUCCGUAGUGAUAUUGUAACAAUACUGCCAUUCCCUUCUACUGCACUGCCCAAAAUGUGUGUAGCACAAACAGUUCUCAUUACAAAGGACCAACCCAGAACUGGAAAGCUAUGCAUAGGACAAGAAAGAUACACAGGAUGGGGUGGAACACACAGCAUUUUGUUAAGCACUGUGCAAUAUUCCGUAUCUUUCCCCACUACAGUAGACAACCACUUGUAGACAGGCAGCCUAUUCGCACACUGUAGCAGGUCUCUUCUGUCACUCAUUUCUGUGACCCAUUUCAAUGCUGAGGCCACAGAUAGUAGUGAUAUUCUGAAGUGAAAGUCUAUCUUCACAACUACCACAACACAACGGAGGAAAACGAAGCAUUAGCCUCAUGUUCAGACUUUAGGAUGGCACGCCACGUUUUUUUUAAAAACUCAGAGAACUCAAAAAGGGCUGAUGGAGGCUUCGAACAUGGGGUUGGGUGUUUCCUGAUAAAACAGGCAUUCCUGUCAUUAUUCUUUCCUCAGCAAAGAAGAGGCAAGCCCUUUGGCCUUUAACCCUGUCACAGCGAACUCUUUAGAACUGGGACAGACAUGAAGGUCAAAAAGAGAGUAGCAUCUUCUCUUCUUAGGACACUUCACGCUUUUUUAAAAACAUAGAUAAUAGAAAUUCCACAAGUCAUGAUGUGAGAUUAAGCAUCAGUUUAAACAAAGAGUCAAAUGAGAAUAUUUCCAAAUUAAAGGACCAAACCCUACCCAAGGGAGGGAGCUGACUGACUUUUUUAAAUUCCUUAAAUACCAGAAACUGGCAUUUAAUUUCACUGUAUUCAGCUUUAGUUGUUCACAAUGAAACACUUUUAAAACAAGCAGGUUCAAGCUGCCGGAUGCACAUUAUUUCUGCAUUAAAGUACUACUAAUGCUUAUCUUCUUGCAACACUGCCAGGCAUGGGAUCGUCACCACAGAAUUAGUUGGUACUAUGCCAUCUUUCACAAGUCAGUGACUGAACCUGCUUUAAGACCACGAUAAGCCACAUGUACCCUUCUGACAAAGCUGUGUAAACUAUUAGAACCUGAUGCUCUAGAAAGAUCCUAGUUGCCUUUGUGUAUAUUUACUGCCUGCCUGAGUGUUCCUAUGUGUGGGUUUUCUCUGUACCUUGUAGAAAUGUUGGGGUGUUUUCUUCUGCCAUAUGGUUCGUGGCCCGCGAGCCAAUUCCUUUAGCUGUACUUUACCUUCAUUUUUGACGAGGUGGUUUAAAUUUUGUUUCACUUUGUGUAGUGAAUUCCAUAGUAGUUUUCUGAUUGUUGUUAAAAAUGACUUAACAUAUUACCCAGAUAUUCAAUAAAAUGUUUUAUUUCCUGUU